AUGGAACAUCAGCUUUUUCACCAGCCAUCAACCACGCCCGUGAUUGUAUGCAAGCUAUGUGAACAUGUUAUUCGACCAAAAGAGGUUUUUCGGCACCUCCAAUCCGCGAAUCAUCGGAUCCCGAAGCCAAAAGCGCGCCAAAUUGCCGAUGCAGUUCAACAAUGGGAGCGUGCGGCGGAAUGUGAUGAAUGGCAGCCACCACUAGUAGUGAAUGAACCAAUUCCUAAUUUGCCUGUUUACUCGGAUGGCAUUUUAUGUGAGCAAGGCCUAUUUUGCCAAUUUAUUGCCCGGUCAACCACAACUAUACGACAACACUGGCGUGAUCAUCAUAGCUGGGUAGCUCCUAUCAACCGGGGCGGUCGUCGGCGGCAGCAUACUUCAUCGGCUGCGGAGCAACAAAUCCAGCAAUUCACUCGUAUCGUGCGAUGCCAACGUGCGUUUCCUCAACGGCUCGGGUCCCAUUAUAUCCGCGUUCAAACGCUCGGAGCCGAGGCUAUUCCCGAGGCCGAUUCGCUAGCAAUAUCUGAUCAUAAUAGUCAGGUGAUUGAUCAGAUGGAAAGAGCAUAUACCGAAAGACAAGAGCUUCCCCAGGUGAUCGUGGCUAGCCAGCGAGACGAGACGAAUCCAUGGCUUCGGAGGACCCAAUGGGCCGUCUAUCUCCAAGGGAUCAACCCGCACGACCUAGUGGACAGUGUCCGAGCCCCCGAUCCCGAAUCACUCGAUCCCACCGAGCAGGCUGCCUACGCAAUAUGGGAUUCAAUGGCCACUGUGGCUCGUAUCAGCCAGUUGAUCUACACCAAAACGAGCCACACUAUUCGGUGCGAGGCUGUUCGGACUAAGCGGGAUCGCCUACCCCAUCAACCACUACAAGCAUAUAUGGAUGGUGAAGCUGUUAAGCGACACACGGUCCCGUGGCAGCAGAUUCUCAUGUUUUUCACGCGCACGCAGGCCCCACAUGAUUGGGCUAGCCCCCACUACAGGUUUUCCAAACGCCAGCGAGCGGCUUGGGCCACAUUAUGGAGACUAGCCCAGGCAGAGCUUAGUGCCUCACCCAUCGUAGGCCAGGGCAGGGCAGGCCAUUCCAACACAGGCCUUUCCAACACAGGCCUUUCCAACACAGGCCUUUCCAACACAAGCCUUUCCAACACAGGCCAGUACAUGGAAGGCCAUUCCAACGCCGGGCAGGCCAACACAGGGCAUUCCAACACAGGGCAUUCAAACGCCGGCCAGAGCAGUGAAGACCUGAGCAGUUCGGACCAAAGCAGUAUACAUUCAGGAAGUGAUUCCGAGGACCAACAGCACCAAAUCACUAGCGAAUCCCCCUUUCAGCUCACUCCCCUUGACUCCGCCUGUCUAGAUUUUUGCAUUGAGCUAUUGAACCACCGAACUAAGGUCGAGGACUAUAAGAGCGCGCUUAUCUGCGCUAGCGCGGUGCUUGGACGUGGGGAGGCAGGCUGGGGUACUGCCCAGAGCUAUCCCCCAAUAUUGUCCAAAGUGAUCAAGAUUGCUCGGUUUAUGGUGGUCCACAAAGCAUUAAAGCUAGACCCAACGGCCGAGAAGAUGAUCCACCAACUAGCUACGCAUCAGAUGGCUGGCGAAUGGGAUACAGAGAGUCCGUUAGAUUCGCCUGAUUUCACGUUUUUAACGCAAACAACGGACGAUUCGUUUUACAACGAUAACGAUGGAGAUCAGGGGGCAGCACAGUCAUCGCACUUUAUUCAGUUUAGCCAGGGCCACACACAGGGCCACCGCCAACGAUCAUUCCGGGAGUGGGUGACCGAGAUGGUCAGCCAGUUUAUGGUCCGCGGCACUAACAGUCCAAUGCAGUGGCUGUUAGAUCUACGCACGUACGGCUUAAAGAUCCAUUAUAACAGCACCGCCACAGGCCAUGUUGGCUGGAUGAACCAAGACCAGCUGUUAUAUCAACAGUACAGUUUCACUAUGGGUGACUUCCGCGGCUUUACCCACGGCCUCGUAAGCUCCACACGCCAGAUACUACACGAAGAGCUCCUGUUUAGUCAGGCUAGCUCAGUUCCCUCGAUCCCGUGGCAGGCUAUGUUUGAUGAUCCUACCGAGACCGCGCACGGGUGGAGCUUUUUAAAAGACACCCGUACGGUAUGGCCUGUAGCCGGUAGCGAAUGGAUGGUGAAUCGGGUCCGAAACGAGAGACCACUCCAGCAGCGUUUUAUCGAGUCUAGUGCCGGCCGGCUCCGAAUGUCCGCUAUCGACGUUUAUCUUCAACGGGUAGCCCAUUUCCGCGAGAAGCUAGCCAUUGCUGUCCACGUCAGCGGAGGCCAGCCUGCACGGGCGCCAGAGCUGUUAAGCAUUCGGCACUACAAUACUGACAGCGGAGGCCACCGGAAUGUGUUUGUCGAAGAUGGUCUGGUAGCGUUUGUUACGCAGUACCACAAAGGGUUUUAUAGUACGAACGACGUGAAGGUUAUUCAUCGGUAUCUACCCCGGGAAGUAGGUGAGCUAGUGGUUUGGUAUCUAUGGCUAGUGCUGCCGUUUGUGGAGAGAUUGGAGGCGUACACACAGAAGGUGCGCGGGGAGGCAUCUGAUGCUGAGACGACUGGGUACGUUGGAUAUAUAUAUACCCUCCUCACACACACACCCAACACACCCAACACACAGUUCAACACAGAGAUCAACACACAGUUCAACACAGAGGUCAAACACACACAUAUGUAUAUAUGCCCCCCCUCUCUCUCACACCCACCCACCCAACACACACAUAUAUACACUAACACAUUCACUACCAGCCCCCGUCGACAGGCAUAUCUAUGGUCCCCUAUCCCACGGGGGGGGGGCGAACUCUGGCAGAGUUCGCUGUUAGGGCUUCCGGUUCCCGUCUGCGAUUGGCGGAAAAAGAAGUGGGCCCCGCCUGGGUUCAGUCUAACUUGCGACCCAGGGUUCAGGGUCCAAAUCACCCCCGUUCCGUCUAUAAAUUUGCAUAGUUCUAAGUGA